AUGAGUUUACCGUCCAACACCUCAGCUGCUUUCAUGGAUCUGAUGAAUCGAGUAUUCAAAGAAUACCUGGAACAGUUCGUGAUCAUGUUCAUCAACGACAUCCUGGUGUACUCGAGAAGUCCAGAGGAGCAUGAAAGGCACUUAAGGAUAGUGCUUCACACUCUGCGAGAACAUGAACUAUACGUCAAGUUCAGUAAGUGCGAGUUUUGGUUGACUCAUGUGGCUUUCCUAGGUCACAUGAUUUCAAGUAAAGGAAUCUCCGUAGACCCGACUAAUAUCGAAGCCGUGAUCAAUUGGCUAAGAUUGACGACAGUGAUAGAGAUCAGAAGUUUCUUGGGUUUGGCAGGUUAUUACAGACGAUUCAUGAAAGGAUUUAUAGAAAUAGCCAUGCCUCUGACUCGACUGCUGAAGAAGGAAGAGAAGUUUGUAUGGAUGGAUAAGUGCGAGCGCAAUUUGUAA